GUGUGUGGUGAAUGGUUGAUUGGUUUAUGGCCUAUCGGCUGAGCUAACUAUAUAAACUACCGGGCAGAAAGCGAGGGCGGUCAGACACGUGACCCGAUGGGUACUAACACCCCCCCUCGCACGAGCUGGGAGCCCCGGAGAAAAGAAGCUCUAAAUACACAGAUAAUCGCAUAUAAAAUCAAGCAGAUGAACAAAAAACAAAUAGCAAACAAAAUAGUCGCCAAUGAUUGGUUUGCUGAAUUAGCGUGCCAAGGAAAAAUCGAGGGUACAUAAAGGGCAAUGCCUUCCCAUCCUCAAGUACUUCAAUCCUUCAUCUAUUCUCCAUCCGAAGUAGGAUGUAGAUGAUUGCGAUCCAUGUUGAUGAGGUGAAGGAAAUGUUGAUGCUUGGGUGUGCUUUGGAUCUUAGUAAGUCCAUCAGCUGGGUUAUCCUGGGAGCGCACUCCCUCGACGCUAACCAGGGCCAAUGAUUG